AUGGAUUUUCCUUUGAUGAUCAUGAGUACUUUACUUGCAUUUCUCCUACUUGGAGGGGUGCUAGCUAGUAAAGCUAGUAGUGAUAUAAGCUUCAAUGUCAAUUAUAAUGUUACUUGGGGUUAUGAUCAUGUCAUGUCUUCAAACCAAGGAAGAGAAAUCCAGCUCUCAAUGGAUAAUUAUUCGGGGGCUGGCUUCGGGUCGAAACUAAGCUAUGGAUCCGGGUUCUUCCAUCUAAGGAUAAAGCAACCAGAAAAGGACUCUGCAGGAGUUGUCACAGCUUUUUAUCUAACUUCACAUACUCAUAAUCGUGAUGAGCUAGACUUUGAGUUCUUGGGCAAUAGAGAAGGUAAACCUUACACAUUGCAAACCAAUGUUUUCUCCAAUGGGCAAGGAAAUAGAGAGCAAAGGACCCUUCUCUGGUUCGACCCUACUGCAGAUUUUCAUAGUUAUAAAAUUCUUUGGAACCACCAUCUCAUAGUGUUUUUUGUGGACAACAUCCCCAUUAGAGUGUUCAAGAACAACACAAACAUUGGAGUUAGCUACCCUUCACAGCCAAUGCAAAUAGAGGCAAGCUUAUGGAAUGGAGAUAGUUGGGCAACAGAUGGAGGGAAUACAAAGAUUAACUGGUCUCAUGCACCAUUCAAAGCCUACUUCCAAGGAUUCAAUGUUAAUGGCUGCCCAUCUAUUAAUCACAACUACUACUCCAAUAUUCAGCAUUGUUCAUCCUCUAAAUAUUGGUGGAACACCAGAAAUUAUUGGAAAUUGGACUCUAAUCAGCAGAGAGCAUAUGAAGCUGUGAGAACAAAGUAUAUGAAUUAUGAUUAUUGUGGUGAUAGGCCUAGGUAUCCCACUCCUCCCCCCGAGUGCCUUUCACAAUGGUAA